AUGGAGGUAGCCUGCUUCUUCCCCCGCUUGUUAGGCAACAGAAGGGUCUGGAUAAGGCGUUGCUGGAGCCCGAAUUCAGAGAUUGAAAUUUCUUGGAAUAUGGAAAUUCUGCAGGUGUUCAGUGUGGUUCUGCUUGGCAUAGCCUUGGUGUACUCCACUGAGAUAUGUCAGGAGUCAGACUAUACCAUUAUCAAGUGUGGAGCUCCAGGAAGAGAUGGUGCACCAGGCAAAGAUGGGAAAAAUGGGUUAAAUGGAGAAAAGGGAGAACCAGGACCACCUGGACUUCCUGGUGCUGAUGGACGUCCAGGGGCAAAUGGUGAAAAGGGUCCAAUAGGCGAGAAAGGUGAAAAAGGAGACAGUGGAGCCUCUGCUUUAACAUUUUCUAAGAGUGCAGCAGCAGCUGGAAACAAGAUCUAUAUUUCACAAGGUGUAACGGCGAAUUAUAAUGAUGCUAAGGCAGCUUGUACCAGUGUAGGAGGUCAAUUGCCUAUACCACUGAAUGAAGAUGAGAACAACGCUGUAAAGAAAAUAGCGCUUCAAUACAAUCUCUCUGCAUAUCUGGUUAUAAAUGACUUUCUGGAUGAAGGAACAUUCAGAUAUCUAAAUGGUGAAAAGAUUAAAUACUCAAACUGGUAUGAUAAUCAACCAGAUAAUUAUAAACUAAACGAAGAUUGUGUGGAAAUGUAUGGGGAUGGGAAAUGGAAUGAUCGGAAUUGUGAUGUAAAACUUCUGAUCAUCUGUGAAUUCAUUUUGUGA